AUGCCUGGGAUGAUUUGGCUAUCUCACCCGCUAGUGGUGUUAUUCCUGGUGGCCCUGCUAGGGGCUGUCUUGCUGGGGGCCACCGUGCUCUUCUGGCUGCAGGCUCCAGCACGAAGCAAGAUCCCCAGGGCGCAGAAGCGUAGGGAGGAGGCUCUGAGGCGGAUGGCAGCCCUGGCAGAACGUCUCCGGCAGCAGGAGCCAGAACUGGACCCCAAGCCCAUUCUGGAGCUGCCGUUGGAGAAGCUGGUUCAGAAGCUGCUUGCUGAUGAGCUGAGUUUGGAGAGUGUCCUCUGCAGCUACCUAGAGGAGGCACUGAAGGUACACCAGGAGGUGAAUUGCCUGACGGAUUUCCUAGAUGAAUGUGAGGAUCAAUUGCAGGCAUUGAAGAAACUCAAGAAGAGUGAGCGAGGACUCCUCUAUGGGGUCCCCAUCAGUCUCAAGGACACCUAUGACUGCAUGGGCCAUGACUCUUCUUGUGGCCUGGCCCAGUUCCUGGAGAAGCCGGCAGCCAAGGACGGAGUCAUUGUGAAAGUGUUAAAGGCUCAGGGAGCUAUUCCCUUUGUUAAGACCAACGUCUCCCAGACACUGCUCAGCUUUGAUUGCAGCAACCCCAUCUAUGGACAGACUCUGAACCCUCAGAACUUAAAGAAGACGCCUGGGGGCUCCUCAGGGGGUGAAGGGGCUCUCCUGGCAGAAGGGGGUUCCAUCUUGGGCAUGGGUACCGACACUGGAGGCAGUAUCCGUAUUCCAGCCAGCUUUUGUGGUGUCUGUGGUAUCCGGGUCACAGGACACCGUCUCAGCUACUCUGGAGUUGCCUCUGCUGUCAAGGGCAGGAAAGCAGGGAUCACAGUGGCUGGCCCCUUGGCCAGGGAUGUGGAGAGCCUGGCACUGUGCCUGCGAGCGCUGCUGAGUGAACACAUGCACCGACUGGACCCCACCACACCCUUCCUGCCCUUCAGGGAGCAGGUGUACUCCAGUAACCGUCCCCUUCGAAUUGGCUACUAUGAAUCAGAUGGCUUCACCCAGCCAUCACCUAGCAUGGCCAGGGCUGUGAAGCUCACAUCCAAGCUGCUCCGGGACGCAGGACACCAGGUCAUCCCCUUCUCUGUUCCCCGAACAGAGUAUGCCUUCUUUCACCUGUUCCUAGGGAAUCUGUUGGCUGAUGGAGGGGCUAUCCUUCUGGAGAAACUUCAGGGGGACAUUUUGGACCCCUCCAUGAAGGACAUAGUCACCUUUCUCAGGUUGCCAGACUCACUCAAACGUUUCUUGGCCUGGAUCUGGAAGUAUUUCGAGCCCCGGGUUAGCCAGACUUGGCUAAUGUUGUGUGGAGCAGGGACACCCAAGAAACUGUGGGAGCUGCACAAAGCAGUGGAGGAAUAUCAGCAAGAGUUCAUAGCCAAGUGGAGGUCCCUGGACCUGGAUGUGCUGCUGUCUCCAGCUCUGGACCCCGCCUUCUAUAUUGGCUAUCCUGCCAAGGCAAACACAAGCACCUCCUACUUGAGCCUUUACAACCUCCUGAACUUCCCUGCCGGCGUGGUGCCCGUCACCACUGUGACGCCACAGGAUGAGAAGGAACUGGCCUUCUAUAAAGGCUACUACAGAGAUAUCUUGGACAAAAAUUUCCUGGAGGCGGUGAGAGGAUCUGUGGGGCUUUCGGUGGCUGUGCAGUGUAUCGCUUUGCCAUGGGAAGAAGAACUGUGUCUCCGAUUUAUGAAGGAGGUGGAGACCUUGGUCAAGAACCAGAUGGAACCCAAGUGA